GCGUAUUUUGCACCUAAAUAUUUUUAUGCAAUUUAAGAGAGUAUAUCAGAAGCAUUCACCAGUGAGAAAUUUUUUUUAGUAACCUAUUGCCAUUCCAGCUUUUGUGGAAUAUUCAGUCAACAGCGGUAUUUCUAAGCAGUUACAACUUAGGGAUCUUUAAGAAAAGUCCUCACUUUUCCUUUUAAAGCUGGCAAGGCAUCUGCGGUUCCCUGGGCAUUGCGGAUGUCAAUGGGCUGUGGAUAAAUUUCAUUACCAACAGUAUUUCCAAAAUUUCAGAAAACGUUGACAAAGUCCAGAGCAACAGCUUGUUAUAAAUAAAUUUCAUUACCACACCGAAUCAGUAUGUAAAAUGUGAUAAAUAAAUGCUUUGUUACAAUUUUGUUCAUUUGAAUUCGUCAUGAUAAAACCAAAAAAAUUUAACUACGCAAAAAUAAAAUUAAUAUAAGAAAAUUGUAAGAUAAUAUUUAUUCAUGUGUUCUACGUAUCCAGUGUACACGUUUUUACGUAUAGGUAUUAAUAAAUCGCUAUAAAACUCCACGAGCAAGUUUAAUCGGCGGCAGACGGUGUUCGUCAUAUCGCUAUGGUUAAGUUUUUAUUACUUAUCAUCAGUUACAUAUUCCUCGGAACGGGCGCAGAAUAUCAGAACUAUGCAGUCGUCCGAAGCGAAGAUGUUUCCGAUGCAGUGUACAGCUUCGUGUAUACUAACGAAACUUAUGAAGAAGAAACAAGCCAUUGUGCACCCGAACAAGCUUCAACAGAAGUAGAAGCCGGUAAGCCGAAGGAAGUUACAACAGACAAUGUGUCCCCUAAUGGUUUAGAAAACACAACAUCUGGAAGAAAAGAGAAUGUGACUUGCGGUGACAAUGAGAUUUUCAAUAAUUGUCCUUCUGUGAAGUGUGAGUACUGUCCCACAUGCGACAAGGAGGCCCGCGCAUGUCUGACUGCCUCGCAAGAUGUCUGUCCACCGGCUAAAUGCACCUGCAGGAAUAACUACAGGCGCCUGCAGAACAGAACUUGUGUGCCGACUAGAGAAUGUCCUUCGUUCAAAUGUCCUGGACCCAAUGAACAGUUCGAAGCGUGUCCAGUAUGCCCCAGUGAUAACUGUACUAGAGCCACACCAGACGGUACAUGUCAUUUUAUUGGCCGGAUCGGAAUACCAUUGCAGUGUCGCCCAUCUUGUAGAUGCAAGGAGAACUAUUGGAGGGACGGAGAUCGCUGUGUACCUUAUGAGAAAUGCCCAAACAUUAAGAACGCUGCGAACUGCACUCGUCCCAACGAAAGUUUACAGUGCGUCAGACCAUGUCCGCCAUUACCGACUUGCGACAAUCGCAAUGCAACUUACCAUUGCCUCGUCAAUAAAUCUGCACCUUGUAAUUAUCAAUGUGCUUGCGACAAAGGAUUCUAUAAGAAUUCUGAUGGAUUUUGUGUCACGAACAAUCUAUGUGAUAAGAAAUGCAACGACCCGAAUGCAGAAUAUAAACCGGACAAAAAGAAAUGCCCAUCAGAUUUAUGUAGGUCCAUCGUAUCGAAAUUCGCGUGCAAUCCAAACGAGCAAGGUCAGCCAGGAUGCGUCUGUAAAUCAGGCUUUUUAAGACUGAAUGAAAACUCCACAUGUAUUCCAACGAACCAGUGCCCUGAAAUGGUUAACGCACCGGGUAAUAAACCCCCUAAUAAUUGCAGCAAGCCUCACGAGAGUUUGCAAUGUGUCAAAUCAUGCCCUCGACCAAGGACAUGUAUAGGUCGUUUCUUACGUUACAAAUGUUUCAAUACAACUGAGGCCUGCAAGAACGAGUGCGUCUGUGACGACGGAUACUAUAGAAACCCGGAAGGAUUUUGUGUCACAAGUGAUUUGUGUGAUAAGAAAUGCAACGACCCAAAUGCGGAAUAUAAGCCGGACAAAAAGAAAUGCCCAUCAGAUCUAUGUAGUUCUAUAGUAUCAAAAUUCGCGUGCGAUCCAAAGGAGCAAGGUCAACCAGGUUGCGUCUGUAAAUCAGGCUUUUUGAGACUGAAUGAAAACUCAACCUGUAUUUCGGCGAACCAGUGCCCUGAAUUAGCUAACGCACCGGGUAAUAAUCUACCUAAUUGCACUAAGCCUCACGAGAGUCUGAAAUGUGUAACGUCGUGCCCUCGACCAAGGACAUGCGCAGGUCGCUUCUUACGUUACAAAUGUUUCAAUACAACUGAGGCCUGCAAGAACGAGUGUGUCUGUGACGACGGAUACUAUAGAAAUCCCGAUGGAUUUUGUGUCACGAGUAAUUUAUGUGAUAAGAAAUGUACAGGUCCUAACGAGGAGUACAAAUCAGACAAAAAAUCGUGUCCACCUGAGAUAUGUCGGUCUAUUAUUGCAAGGUACAAAUGUGACUCUAAAGACAAGGGCCAGCCGGGCUGCGCGUGCAAGCCGGGAUUUUUGAGAUUGAAUUUGAAUUCAACUUGCAUCCCGACUAAAGAGUGUCCAGAGUUAAAAGGAUCGCCUGAUUAUAAUAAAACUAAAUGCACUUUACCGAACGAGAGUUUAAAAUGUGUGAAGUCGUGUCCCCCGCCGAAAAUGUGCAGGAACCGUGGCGUAUUCACCAAUUGUCUCCAGAACAAGACUGAGAUCUGCCAACACAAAUGUAUCUGUGAUGAUGGGUAUUAUAGAAAUGAAGACGGAUUCUGCGUAACAAGCGCACUCUGUGACAAAAACUGUACCGGACCAAACGAAGUUUACAAGGCGGAUAAAAAGAAAUGUCCUCCCCAAACUUGUCAAUCUAAAUUGGCUUUAUAUAGAUGUGACCCAGAAGAGAAAGGGCAGCCGGGUUGCGUCUGCAAGCCUGGCUAUUUAAGAUUAAAUAUUAACUCGACUUGUAUACCGUCGGAGCAGUGUUCAGCAAACUCUACAAAUACAACUCCUCUAAAUUGCACUCUUCCAAAUGAAAGUUCACAGUGUGUAAGAGCAUGUCCUCCUUUAAACACUUGUGAUAACAAAAAUAAGACUUUCCACUGUCUCGUCAAUGCAUCCGCGCCUUGUAAACAGCAAUGUGCUUGCAACAAAGGAUUUUAUAGAAAUUCUGAUGGUUUUUGUGUUACCAGUCAAUUAUGUGAUAAGAAAUGCUCUGGUCCUUAUGAGGUCUAUACAGAUAAUAAAAGAGAUUGUGCACCUGACAUAUGCAUGUCCAUUGUAUCAAGAUAUGCCUGUGAUCCUAAAGACAAAGGUGUGCCGGGGUGCGUGUGUAAGGGAGGUUAUUUAAGAUUGUCUUUAAAUUCGACCUGCAUUCCAAUGAAUCAAUGUCCAGAACUUGCUAAUUCACCAGACUAUAAUAAAAAGUGUACCAAGCCUAACGAAAGCCUGAAAUGCGUCAAAUCUUGUCCGAGGCCCAGGACUUGCAUAGGCCGUUACUUACGUUAUGUAUGUCCGAACGUCACUGCUGAAGUCUGCGAGAACAAAUGCGUAUGCAACGACGGAUACUACAGAAACCCGGACGGAUAUUGUGUCACGAGCAAUUUGUGUGAUAAAAAAUGUACCGGUCCUAAUGAAGAGUACAAAGCAAAGAAAAAGUCAUGUCCACCGGAAAUUUGUAAGUCGCUUGAUGUAGACUACAGAUGUAACCCUGAAGAGGAAGGCCAGCCGGGAUGUGCGUGUAAAGAAGGAUAUCUUAGAAAGGAUCUGAAUUCAACUUGUAUACCUCUAGGAGAAUGUCCAGAAUUUGGAGACUUUCCCGAUUAUACUCCUGGAAACGGAUGUUACAUACCGGAUUCUAAGCCAGAUACCGAGAGUUAUCCUGUUGAAUUUGAAUUAGAUUAUUGGCAGUUUGUUGAGGUUCCACCGUGAGAUCAAGCAGUCAUUGGCGAUGAUAUUAGAAAUUGACAAAGAGUACACAUAACG